AUGUCGCUUGUCAUUGCUCGCUCGGCUGCACGCAAGCAGAGCUUAACAGUGCUCUCUUCCACAACGCUUACAUCGGACGUCGAGAAAAAGGCUACGGUCAGUGUGACGGAGAAGCCUUCAGCAUCUAUUAGCGAUGGGCAACUUGGUGAUGAUGCGGUCGACUCUCAUCGCUUCUGGUUUCAACGGUCCAAGACAUACAAUCCACAUGCUAUCGCGACGCAGCCGUCGGUCUUCGACGACCCAGAUUUAGCGGAGGAGUACAAGCCACGACCGGACUGGGAGAAUAUACAUCGGUUCGACCCAGCAGCACGAUGGACCAGAGGCGAAGAAGAUAGCGUGGUCAAGAAGCUCGAUAUCCGCAUAAUUCUAUGGGCUUGCGUGAUGAUAACUGCGCUGGAACUCGACAGAUCCAAUAUCCAGCAAGCCAACGCGGAUAACUUUCUGACCGACCUGAAUCUUAGCCGCGAUGAUUACAACUUGGGAAAUACGGUGUAUAGGUUGUGCUAUCUGUUAAGUGAGAUACCGGCGCAGAUUAUCGGCAAGAAGAUCGGCGCGGACCGCUGGAUUCCGAUCCAGAUGAUAUCGUGGUCUAUAGUCGCUACUUGUCAGUUCUGGCUGUCUGGCAGGACGUCUUUCCUAGUAACCAGGGCUUUGAUUGGUAUCUUGUCGGGAGGAUUCACACCCACGAUGUUACUUUACCUGUCGUACUUCUAUAAGCACCACGAGCUGUCAAUACGUCUUGGCUUCUGGUACUCAGCUUCUUCGCUAGCCGACAUACUGGCGGCCCUUCUGGCAUACGGCAUCUUGCAUCUGGGAGGCCGUGGUGGUCAAGCUGGCUGGCGAUGGCUUUUCUUGAUUGAUGGUCUUUUCACUCUGGCAUUGGGACUCUUGUCCUUCGUCUUUCUGCCACCUGGACCUACUCAGACUGCAAACUGGGCCCGAGGCAAAGACGGCUGGUUUACAGAACGAGAGGAAGUUAUCAUGGUCAAUCGCAUAUUACGCGAAGAUCCCAGUAAGGGCUCAAUGCACAACAGACAGCCUUUGACAGCGAAGCUGGUGUGGCUUAGCUUCAGCGAUUUCGACCUGUGGCCGCUGUACAUUGUCGGGAUCAUGUUUCUGACCCCCUGGACAACGGUCUCGCAGUAUUUCACUCUGCAACUGAAGGACUUCGGAUUCGAUACCUUCAACUCCAUUCUUUUGUCUAUGCCAUACAGUGUCUUCAUGAUCAUCACCCGAAUCAUCCUCACGUACGCGGGCGAGUAUUUCGAGUCUCUAUCAUGGAUGGGACUCAUCGCCCAGGUCUGGAGUUUGCCAAUGUUGAUUUAUAUGAAUGCGGUGGACCUCAGCCAACCGAACAAGUGGGUGGUGUGGACUGUCCUCACCCUAUUUCUCAGCCUCCCGAGUGCUCAUGCACUCCAAGCGGGGUGGAUUUCCCGCAAUUCGAAUAGCAUCAGAACUCGGGCCAUUGCGGCGGCGAUAUACAAUAUGUCUGUUCAGUUGUCUGCCAUCAUCUCCUCAAACAUAUACACAGAUGGGGAUGCACCGCGUUACAUCGUCGGCAACCGAGUGCUUCUGAUACUUGUGGGCGUCAACAUAAUACUCUACAUUGCUACUAAGGCUUACUACAUGCUGCGAAAUCAUGAGCGAGACCGACGUUGGAACUUGAUGACCGAGGAACAAAAGCUUGACUAUGUCGCGACGACCAAGGAUGAUGGGAACAAACGCAUGGAUUUCCGGUUUGCGCAUUGA